UUAACGUAUGGGCUAUCCGCGCGAGUCAGGGGGGGGAGGUAAACAAGAUGGCGACAACCUGAGUGGCAAGAGUAACACGAAGAGUCAGAAAAAUUGAGCCGAGACACACUGCUUUAAACCCGAGCGAAACAUCUGCUUCACCAAAGGACCCGAGACACAAAACACAAAGAGGGGGAUCAAACCCGCGACGGAAACACGCGUGGACCCAGGCACCAGGCUGUAGGGACCGUGGUGGCAUGGAGGACACCUGAGAACGGUUGGACACAUUGGAUGGCUCAGUCGACCUCCGGGAAGCCGGGCUGACACUGCUGCAUGCGUUUGGCUGUAGAUCUGCGCUUGGGUUCAGUCCAACUGUGUACACACACACACACGCAUACACAUAUAUGUGUCCUGAGGAAAACGAUGCUAUGAAGCGUGGACCUUUGACAGAAAUGCUCUCCUACAUGGCCCUGAAGCAGGACUGGUUGCCUCUACCUAAGGCUGUAUGGUAUUAAAUUCACAUAGAGGUGAUCUAGAGUGAAACAUUUUAGACUCACAGUUUUUUUUUCUUAUUUUUGUUUCAACGGCACUUGUCACAGAUGUAGUACAAAAAAAAAAUGCACCGUAUAAAGCACUAACUUGGCACUGGACCCCAACAGGUUAUCCACCUCCGUUCACACCUCUUGAGUAAAAAGAGCCCUAAUGUUUACAAAUUGGGAUUGAUCCCUCACCUCAUCCCCUCAACUCUCAGGCCUGAUUACUCCCUCUCCCAUGUUCAGUAUUUUGUAAUUCAUCUGUAUUCCAUCUUGUGGAAUUGAAAUACUUGGCUCAGAGCUGAAAGUUUAUCAGUGGAUUGCUCUCCCAGCAGCAGUUAUAGCUAUUUGCAAACCGUUCUGCACAGGAGACUAAAGCUGCCGAGCUAUCAGUCAUGAGUACCAGUGAGCUGCAUCAUCUUGACUAUCUAAACGAGAAUGAACUGAUGGAGAUGGAUACGUUCAUUCACCGCAUUGACUCUACAGAGGUGAUCUACCAGCCACGGAGGAAGAGGGCAAAGCUGAUAGGAAAGUACUUGAUGGGAGAUCUGCUAGGGGAGGGAUCGUAUGGCAAAGUGAAAGAGAUGCUGGACUCAGAGACACUUUGUCGCAGGGCUGUAAAAAUACUGAAGAAGAAGAAGCUGAGGAGGAUUCCCAACGGAGAAGCCAAUGUGAAAAAGGAGAUUCAGCUGCUAAGAAGACUCCAACACAAGAAUGUGAUUCAGUUGGUGGACGUGCUCUACAAUGAAGAGAAGCAGAAAAUGUAUAUGGUUAUGGAGUAUUGCGUUUGCGGGAUGCAAGAAAUGCUGGACAGCGUCCCAGAAAAAAGGUUUCCAGUAUUUCAAGCUCACGGGUACUUUUGCCAACUCUUAGAUGGCCUUGAAUAUUUGCACAGCCAGGGAAUAGUUCACAAAGACAUUAAACCAGGGAAUCUGCUGCUGACCACAGACGGGGCACUUAAAAUCUCCGACCUGGGAGUAGCAGAGGCCCUUCACCCAUUUGCAGAGGAUGACACAUGUCGUACCAGUCAGGGCUCUCCGGCCUUCCAGCCUCCAGAGAUCGCUAACGGACUGGACACCUUUUCAGGGUUUAAAGUGGACAUUUGGUCUGCUGGAGUAACACUAUACAACAUUACAACGAGUCUGUAUCCAUUUGAGGGGGACAACAUCUAUAAGCUAUUUGAGAACAUUGGAAAAGGAGACUACACUAUUCCCGAGGAGUGUGGACCCCUCCUGUCGGACCUGCUGCGAGGAAUGCUUGAGUAUGACCCUGCAAAGAGGUUCUCCAUACAGAACAUAAGGCAACACAACUGGGUGCGUAAGAAACACCCUCCGUCUGAGCCCCCUGUGCCCAUCCCCGCCAGCGCAGAGAGCAGGGAUCCUUGGCGGAGUAUGACGGUGGUGCCCUACCUGGAGGAUCUGCACGGCUACACGGAGGAGGACGAUGACGAGCUCUACGAUGGAGAUGAUGAGAUCAUAUACACUCAGGACUUCACAGUGCCAGGACAAGUGGCCGAAGAAGAUCGGGAUCAGGGGCACGCAGACCACAGUCCAGCUCUGGCCAAGCCAGUUUGUGUGAACGGGACAGAGGGGGGGUCUCUGAACAGCAAGGCCAAAGCCGAGCGUCGAUCCUCCUCUUCAUCCAACCCCUCACGUAAAGGAGUCUCCACAGCCAGCAAGAUCCGCAAGCUCUCCACCUGCAAACAGCAAUGACCCCCCUCCCCCUCCUUCCUCCCUCGGCAACAACUCCCCUGGUUGAUCUGUCCCUGUCCUUCUGUGUCCGGAGUCCUCACACAGUUGUGAGUGAAACCUGCUGACGUUAAUGCCCCCCUUACCUCCUUGGACCACUGGCCUGCAGUCUUUUGAAGAAGGGUUAUGAGUGACGGGGAGGAGGACAGCAUGAAAUGUUCUUUUUGCUCUGAGACUGAGGCACUGGCUGUGAAGAUGGUGUUUUUUGGUUCUUUUUUUUUUUUUUUGUUCCUUUCAACUCCUGUCAUCCACCUCUGUCAUCUCCCCCCUCUCCAUCCACUGUCAUCCUCUUUACGAGGGCCAAGUGUUGCACCGGACGUUACAAACACCAUCACCCCCUGUACCCCACCCCCUCUACCCUCUACCUUCUGUUUCUUUGACUACCUUUUGUUUUUACAGAACCCUAAUGGCAGUUUUUAAGACACAUUGUGAUGUGUAAAAAAUUAAAGAGAAAAAAAAAGAUGUCAAAAGUUAUGAAUAAUUCUAUA